UUUAAAGUUCAAAUCUUUCAAUUAGGAAGCAUUAUCUUUUAAUUUCCUACUCGGAGGAGGACUACUAAGUUUAUAUAAUAGGCUGUGAUUGUUUCUUUUCGCAGGUGAAAGAAUUCUCUCUUAAUUUCUCAAUCGCGCGUUUUCUCUUGGUAGCUGAAUCCAUGGCGAUUUACUACAGAUUCAAGAGUGCUAAGCAGUUUGAUUCGAUUCCAGUCGAAGGGCCGUUCAUCACCGUCUCCAAUCUCAAACGAAAGGUUUUCGAACGCAAACGCUUGGAGAGGGGGACUGAUUUCGACCUGUUAAUUACCAAUGCACAAACCAACGAAGAGUACCUUGACGAAGGUUCGGCGAUAUUCAGGAAUACUGCGGUCCUAAUUCGGCGAGUCCCAGGCCUGCCUCGAAAGCCUAUUAUUGUUGAGCGUGCCGAGAAGCCAGCAGCAUCAGGGGGCUGUAUUCAGCACUCUCCUCCGUCGUGUUCGGAUUCAAGAGGUGAUGCUAAAAGGGCACAAGCCGAGGUUUCGAAGCCGGCCUUAACCGUGGGAGAUCUGCCAGAAUUAUGCUGCCCGCUGUGCAAACAAGUUAUGGAAAACGCCGUCUUCGCCAGAAAAUGCUGUUUCAGAAGUUUCUGCGAUAAAUGCAUCCGCGAGCAUGUAAGUGUCGAUUCUACGUGCGAGUGUGGAGCGCCUAGAGUUUUAGCCGAGGACUUCAUUCCAAAUAAGACUUUACGGGACAUUGUAACGUCCAUGCUGGAGUCUGCAAAAAACAUUAAGAGGCAGCAUGACCUGAAGACGGGGGAAGAAGAAGGAGAAGAUUUUGCUUUUAAGCGAAGGCGUUUGUGCUCCUCAACGAGGAUGAUUAGCUGCACCUAGAAGAAGGAGAAGAUUUUGCUUUAUUCAAAUACAUUGGGAAAUGUUGUAGUGAAUCUAACUCAGAAUCAACUAUUUCAGAUGUUACUUGAUAAUUCUAUUGAUUAUAUUUCAGAUAUUACUUGAUAUAUGCAUGCAUAUUUCCUAUUAAAUGAUAUUUCAAAUGUUACUUAAUAAUUCUCUCUUUUGCGAUCAAUACGCUUGAGUCGCUUGAAUAACGCUGCAAUUGUUCUUUCUACAGCUCUACUCAUUGAUCAUUUUACACAUGGA